CGACCAACAAUCAGUCUUGACCCCAUUUUUUGGCUUCCGAUGACGUUCAGUGAGCGUAGCCGCUGCCUCAAACAACUACUCCGGUCAAUGCCCGACGAAAUCGACAUGUACCUCACAAAAGAUCAUGCCUUCAAAUGUUUGAAAAUGUACAACCAUCUCCAGCUUUAA